AUGAGACCGGAAGCCACUAUUGGUCUCGCUGCUUCCGUGGCGUUUGCGGACUUCACCAACCUCGACCAGCAUCCUGUUGACGCUUCUCCCGCCAUCACUUGCUGUCAAGCUCUCACUGACCACGGCCUCGCUGUGUCGUACCCCGAUUCUGCAACCUACAAGGAGCGCAUAGAAUCUUAUUGGUCUGUGGCCGCACAGUUGACACCAUGGUGCAUCGUGCAACCCAGCAACGCGCAGGAAGUCUCUGCAGCUCUUUUGACACUUCUCGACGGUCCAAACUGUGGGAUAGCAGUGCGAAGUGGCGGACAUACCACAUUUGCUGGAGCCAACAACAUUGUUGAGGGCGCCACCAUUGAUCUCGGCAACAUGAACAGCACGACGUACCACCCGAAGAAUAGCACCGCUUCCGUGCAACCAGGAAGCCGCUGGCUACAGGUCUACGAGACCCUCGACAAGCUUGGUGUCACGGUGCCUGGCGGUCGAGCAGGCACGGUGGGUGUAGCGGGCUUGAUACUUGGGGGUGGCAACUCCUUCUACUCGGCAAAGAAAGGCAUGGUCUGCGACAAUGUUGUUGGUUAUGAGAUGGUCACAUCGACGGGUGACAUCAUAUAUGUCACUAAUUAUACUCAUGCUGACUUAUUCAAGGCUUUGAAGGGAGGCGGCUCCAAUUUCGGGAUCGUGACUAGGUUCGAUCUCAGCGCUUUUCAUGCGCCGAAGCUCUGGGGCGGCGCCGUGAGCUAUAACAAGACGGCUGGUCCCGAGCUUAUCAACUCGAUGGUCGACUUCGUGGACAAUGUCGAAAAUGACCAGGCGAGCUCUAGUAUUAUCUUUUGGACCUACCAGCCGGCACUUCAGGACACCAUUGUGAUCGCGGCGUAUGAGAACACUGACGGAGUUGUGGCUGGACCUUCGUUUGACAAAUACCUCGCCAUUUCCGGGAAUCUCUCAUCGACGAUGCGGGUGACGAACAUCUCGGACCUGGCCCAUGAGUUGGAACAGCCGACAGGCUACAUUGAUCUCUGGUUCACACUUUCCUUCAAGAACGACGCGCGUGUUCUUGAGCACGCAGUGGAAACGCAUAAUCAACUCGUGGAAGACUUGCUCGUCCAGUCUCCUGACGGCGAUUUCAUCACACAAUGCAUGUUCCAGCCACUGCCAACCAUCUUCGCGGAGCACGGAAUCGCGCGCGGCGGAAACGUCCUCGGCCUCAACAAGCUAACCGACAACGCUGUCGUGUGGCUCGCGACACUGGCUGUCAAGGGGGCUGAACAAGAGGAAUUUGGGCGGGCAAAAAUGAUGGCGUGGGUGAAGAGCGUAGGCGAUUUUGCAAAGUCCGUAGGGUCUCAUGUCGAGUGGCAGUAUCUCAACUAUGCCGAUCACUCCCAGGAUCCGCUGGGCAGCUACGGCCAGGAGAAUGUUGAGCUCAUCAGGACGGCUGCAAAUAACGACUUCCGCGGAUCAUCGUCACGACCUGCGAGUUUAGCGGUCCCUACGAUCCUUGCCAUCUGUAUGGCCUCAUCCAGGGGAGUCGCAUACUGCCCCCGCGUAUCACAUUGCAUGGGCGCAUGUGGUCAAAUUGAUGGCGGAGUGCGUCUCCGUGUUGGCUGGCUGGACGGCCGCUGGCUGCACCGCAUUCUCGCUCACCUUACCACAUUAUCGAAUCUCGACAGGGGAGCAUCGACAUAUCGAAGCAUUCCUGGGACCGACAUGCAUUGUAUCGAAAUCAUAACUUGGCUCUCGACGUUGCUGAUGGUGAGCUUUGAGAAGGAUUCCAGCCCCACUCAGUCAGUCCGGAUGCCCUCCGCGGAUGGGUCUCUGUUGAUGCGGGCACAAGACCCACCGAUGAUGGAGACCUACACACUUCGCUUGAGGAGACUGCGAGAAAAAUCCGCAGAGCUCAUCAAGCGCCAUGGCGACAUACUGUAG